AUGUCUGUUGCAAGACCGUCACAGAGAUCACAGCCUUCCCGUAAGGGUAAGAGAUCUUGGAGAAAAAACAUUGACAUCGACGAUGUUGAGAUGGGUUUGGCUGACAACCUCGAGGACUUGAUAACGCAUGGUGAGAAGAUCCAGGACGUUAAUGCCCAAGACUUGUUCAUGGUCGAUACCGAGGGUGAUGAGAAUCAGCUGAAGAAGCAAAGAGUGACAAAAUCCCUCAAAAGUUCUGAAAUCCUGGCCAAGAGAUCAAAAGCCCCAGGCUUGGAGGUUGAAAGAAAUAAGAAGUCCAACAAAAUCCAAGGUGUUUCCAAAAAGGAAGUCCACAGACUGAUGAAGCUGGCCGGAAAGGUCGAUGGUGAGUCCCAGUUGAAGACACGUGUUGCUAAGGAUGGAAUAAUCAAGGCCAAGGCCUAUGAUGUUUGGAAUGAACCCGAAAUCGUUGCACCCAAAUUGAGACUGCCGAAGGAGGCAGUUACUUCUGUGACUGGUUGGACAGCUCCAAAAGUCACACCUGCUACUUUGAAAACUGCUCCAAUUACAAUCAUCGAAACAGAAGUGAAACCCGAUGCUGGUAAAUCUUACAACCCAUCUCUGGAGAGUUGGAAAAGUCUGAUAAACAAAGAGUAUUACAAAGAGAAGACAAAGGAGGAGAAGAGAAUUGCUCUGGAAGAGCAUAGGGCCAAGAUUGAACUGUUGAUAAAGACUUUGGAUGACAACGAGUUGGACGACGAUGGAGAAGACACCUCCAUUCCGGAAGAAGCUCAAGAGGAAGAGGAGGAGGAUUUCUCCCUGUCCAUUAACAAGCCAGUGGUAAACAAAAAGAAGACAACCGCACAGAGAAACAAGCAGAAACGCCACGAAGAAAGAAUGAGAUUACAGGAUGAGCUGAAGAGUUUGAAGAGACAGCUGCAUGAGAUGAACAAAAUCAAGCAGAUCACCAAGGCCGUCAAGAAAACAGAGGCUCCCUCCGAGACCAAGGCCAAAAAGCAAAGAAAAUUGUUCAAGCACGAAAAUAUGGAAUCCAUGCUUGAGGUGAAACUUUCAGACGAACUUUCAGACUCUCUUAGAAAAUUGAGACCAGAGGGCAAUCUUCUGAGAGACCACAUGAAGAAACUACAGGAUACUGGUAAGGUCGAAAGCAGGGUUCCAGUCAAGCAGGGUAGACGUUACAAGCAGAAGCUUACUGAGAAGUGGACUUACAAAGAUUUCAAAUAA